GUCAGAUAGAAAAAAAUAUAUAGCUGCGUCAGAGGAUGAAGCGUGUUGUAUUGUUUACUGUAAAUUAAAACACGGAUCGUUUGAUUCAUGUUUUAAUAAUUUAGCGCUUUCAUUAAGUUCGCUAGCCGGCAAAGAUAGGCAGAUCCUGUGCGGAAAGUGCUUGAGCCGAAUCAAAGGAAUGUUGUUCUUGUGACGAAUGGCGGACAGGCGAGGCUCUCAGUAAUAGCAUGGAUCCAGAUAGUGGGGCGGACACCCAGCGAGCUCUCAGUCUGCAAUGGAAGAGCUACAAACUUGUACAGGACCCUGCCAUUCGCAGGGUCGCUCAGAAGAUCUACAGAUACGAUGGGAUUCACUUCAGUGUGCCGGACGCAGGGUUCCCACCUGUGGGGGAGUUACGUGACCCUCGGCCCCGAAGGAUAUGGUCCAGGCACACGGAGCUGUCGCUUCCCGUGCCCAAAUUUAAGUUGGAUGAGUACUACGUGGGUCCUAUUCCAUUGAAGGAGGUGACGUUUGCCCGGCUAAACGAUAACAUCAAGGAACCUUUCUUGUUAGAGAUGUGCAACAAAUUUGGGGAGGUGGAAGAAAUGGAGAUCUUGUUUCACCCGAAGACCCGGAAGCACUUGGGCCUGGCCCGUGUACUCUUCACCAGCACCAGAGGGGCCAAAGACACAGUCAAACACCUGCACAACACCUCUGUUAUGGGCAACAUUGUCCAUGCCCAGCUAGACAUCAAAGGUCAGCAGAGGAGGAAGUAUUACGACCUGAUUGUUGGUGGCUCAUAUACUCCUCAGACCGUACCAACUGGAGGCAAGGCCCUCACAGAGAAAUUUCAGCCCCCUGCUCCAGCCCAGCCUGACACAUCCUCUGAUGCCAGACGGAGGCUCUCUGUAGAACAGGCUCCAGUCCCACCACCUGCCAGUACCACCCCGUGCUCUGUGGACACUGCAUUUGGGGAGCAGCGUUUGGAUACUCCCCCAUCCUCACUCGGGGGGCCCUACACACCUGGUUCUUCUUCCUCCUCACAGGGCGGGGGUACUCCUUACACAUCACGCUCUGGGACCCCAUUUUCCCAGGAUUCAGGCUACGCUGGGGCGAGGAAUGCAGGUUUUGGUGCGGCUCCUCUGAACACUGGUUACGCUUCGCAAGACAUGGUCCCUUCUUCAUCCUGCUCUUCCUCUGCAGUGUCCUCCUCGUCAGGGUUCAAGCCUCCGCGUGGGUAUGAAGAACCCCAUGCACCUCCCGCUCAAGACCCCUCUGUGUACCAGAGAGGCCGGCCAGGAUUUCCCCCUCCUUCAGCGCCGUUUCGACCCAACGAGCCCCCGGCCUACCCUCCAUAUCAUAAUGCAGGCAGCACGGGCGUGCACGUGCCCCCACACAUGCCACCCUCUGCCUCCUUAUAUGAGUCUCCCCCUGUGGUUGACCGAGAGCGGGACAGAGACAGGGGUCCUAGAGAAAGGGAGCGAGACAGAGACUCUGGGGUGCGAUAUGGAACUUCACGACGCUCCUCUUAUCACCACCAACAGGACGUAAACUCUUCGUCUGCUUCCUCUUCCAAAUCCUCCUACCAUUCCCAUCACUCCCACCACUCCCACCAUCCUGAACGUCGCGAGGAGAAAGGGGAUGGCAGGCCCUACCGGCGGGACAGCUCUGGGUCUCGCUCUAGUGACCACGGGAGGCACCGGAACCACCACCACUCGCACAACCAUCACAGCCGGCGGAGGAGCAGCAGAGACCGUGACAGAGAGCGAGACGGAGACUACGCCAAUAGCUCAGACCCUCGUUACUCCACCCACCGUUCCUCCAACAGCCUCUCUCCUCCCCCUUCCUCCACCUCAUACGGAGGAUACCCUCAAUCUAAAGAAUUGCCUGCUCACGACACCCCCUCUUCAUCCAGACUGGACCCCUCGCCAUCCUUCCGUCCGCAGGGCUCAGGGGAAAGAGGCUCUAUGGACAAUGACUAUCGAACCCACUCUCACCACACCCCUCUACCCCCACCACCACCUCCACCACCCCCUCCCCUUCCUCCGGCCUCCGUCAUCGCUGCCGCAGUGGCAGAAACGCUCAGCUCGCUGGACUUUGGCCAAACAAGCCCCACGCGAGAAGAGCAAUGGACAUUACCCAAACGCCGUCCCAGCACCCCUCCCCAACCCCCCCGCACUCCUCCACCCUCCUCUCCUCCUCACGCCUCCAUCCCUUCGUCCUCCACCUCUCCAUCUUCCACAUCCCUCCCUCACCAUCUCCCUUCCUCCACAGCCUCCCUUUCUCCACCUCUUCCUCAGCGUGACUCCUCCUCCCCAGAACCUGAUUCCACAAACGAGAGCCUUCCGUUCGUUCACCACAGCAGCAGUCUGGACUCUCGUAUCGAGAUGCUCCUAAAGGAGCAAAAAUCAAAGUUCUCCUUCCUUGCCUUGGAUGACGAGGAGGAGGACAGGAAAGAGGAAGAGAGGAGAGGGCUGCAGAACGCUGACGGACAGUCGAUUAAGCAAAGGGAUGGGGAUGGAGAAAGGACAAGCCUCAAGAAGCAAAGGGAGUCAGAUGGAAACCUGAGGAGAAGAGCAGACAGGGAUGGACGACGGAACAGAGGGAAGAGGCCAGGUGCAGGAGGAGGAGGAGGUUGCGAAAGGAAAAGCCCUGCAGAGGUGGAUGCUUCCGUCGCUUCUGUUUCUGGCCCAUUGUUGAACUCUGUACAGGACCAACUUCUUUUCUCCCAAGAGGAACACUCCCAUAUGAUCUCCGAUGUACACAAGACUGUAGGUGCCCACACUCCGCCCACCUACAAUGGAGAAGGACAGCCAUCUCCUCAUUCCUCUGGGGAAGACAUGGAGAUAUCGGAAGAAGAAGAUAAUGGCGCUGCCAUCUCCGCGGUGAUGCCGCAUCUUGUUGCUGCCUCUUCGUCCUCUUCGCCCACGACCACGUCACAAAUGAUCCUUCCCUCACAGACCUCAGACCCCUCCGCAAGUCCUCCCCCAGACAGCACACAGCACUUCGGCUCAAACAUGCCUCCUCCACCCAUCCCCUCUUACCCUCCCCACCUGCCCCCUCCACCACCUCCUGGCUUCUCCCUUCAGCCUCCUCCACCUCCUGGCAUUCCUCCUCCACUGCCCCACAUGGAGCUGCAUCCGGAAUAUCCACCUCAGAUUUCGCACCACAUGUACGAUUACGCCAACUCUAUGGAGUUGAUGAGCCAGUACAGUGGCAUGUCCUUCCAGAUGCAGACCCAGAUGCUCAGUCGCUUGCACCAGAUGAGGAUUGCAUCGAGCAAUGGUUCCGAAGUGCCCCACGGAGAACACCCGCCAGCUUCUGAAUACCAACAAUCUUAUCACCUUCAUUCAGUGACCCAUCCCCAUGCACCACCUCCUCCACACCCUCAUCACCCAUACAUGGACCAAGACGGUACUGCAGGCAACCACUAUGACCAGGACCACCGCUAUAUGCCCCCUCACAUGCAGUAUCCAUACCCAGAUCCGCAUGCCGCCCAGUUACCACCUCCUCACCACAAUCCCAUCCCUCCCCAGCACUCUACCUGGCCCCAACAUGUCCUCCCUCAGCACUACCCCUCCCCUUACCCCAUGCCAGCCUAUGGCACAGCACCGGCUGUGGAAGAAGAGCAUUACGGGGAAACAGGGAACCAAAUGGGCAUGAUGGACCAGAACCCCCACGAAGCUGUAGUUCAGCAAGUACUUACACUUCUUAUUGAGGAGAUGAAGAACAUCAUGCAGAGGGACUUGAACCGCAAGAUGGUAGAAAACGUGGCCUUUGGCACUUUUGAUGAGUGGUGGGAGCGUAAAGAGAGAAAGGCUAAGCCAUUCCAGACAGCUAUGCGAAGUGUUUCAGUGGUGCGAGAGGAUGAGAAGAAGGAAGAGAAGACGAGCAGUCGGCCACGCGAGCCUCUCAUGUCUCUGGUGGAUUGGGCGAAGAGUGGAGGCGUGGAGGGCUUUGCAUUGCGGGGGGCUCUGCGACUACCGUCUUUUAAGGUGAAAAGGAAAGAACCUCAGGAGCUUGCAGAGGACGUGUCACUGAAAAGAGCCAGACCUUCCACCCCACCGGAUGAGGAGGAUGAAGAUUCAUACCAGGGUAAAGGCUCUGAUGCUCCAGUCCGUCCAGAGGAGAGUCGGGCACCUGACCGAGGGGGCACUCGGAGGAGGAAGAGGGCCAAGGCUCGUAAACCUUACGAUCUGGAUAGUGAAGGAGAGGAAACAUCAGAUGAAUCUUCUUCUGAAAAGGAGGAUGAAGAAGACAGUGACAAAGAGUCAGAGGAUGAAGCCCUCAGUGCGGACAGUGACGAUGAGAGCAUCUCUUCUUCAUCCGAGAGUUCCUCAUCCUCCUCUUCAUCCUCGUCUUCAUCAUCUUCAUCCUCAGAAGAUGAAGAUGAGGAAGAAGCUGGGCGAGCAGAGGAGGAGAGUGAAGGAUUGGAUACAAUGGACGAGUCUACGAUGGAUAGCGUGGCUGUGGACACAGAAAAAGUGGAAGAGAAGGAAAAGGCAAAAGCUGACCAAUCAUCUGCUGUGGCUGCUGUGGAGGUUAAACCAGAAGAAAAGACGACCGUCGCAGAACCUGCGGAUCAGCGACUGCCAUCUCCGCCGUGUCCUCGCCCUUCCUCUCCCAUCCUGCCUCCUCUCAAGAAGCGGCGCAAGACCGUGUCCUUCUCCAUGGAGGAGAACGAGGUCAAACCAACACCAGAGCCUGGUGCUGUGCCACUGUCUCCACCUGCAACUCCAACUCCCUCACAGUCUCUCCUCCUUUCUCCUGUCAAAUCUCAGCCUCCUGAUGUGCUCACUGCCACCUCUCCUUCAACCACACCCACUUCUGCUGCCCUGCCCACGUCAUCCAAACCUCUUCCAAUGCUCCGCCCCUUCGCCUCACACCCAGGCGAGGGGAGCACCCUGCCGCAGUCCCCCACUUCAGUUCUCACCGUCCCUCCUCCUGUGCGCUCCCUUCGGUCGGAGGAGCCCAGAAAAAGUCCAGGCCCCCCUCAGUCCCCACAGACGCCCCCUUCAAAGUCCCCCUCCAAACGUGGAGCAGGCAAAGACUCUCCCAAAACACCUGCUGCUCCAGUUUGCCUUACAGUCCAGAACUUACCUCUGGACCAUGCUUCUCUGGUCAAAACUGCUUACAAGGAGCCAGCCCCUCUCCCAACCACCCCCACGCAGAAGGGUCGCCCUCGAGGUCGUGCAAGAACACCCAGCCAGUCGGCUUCCACCCCUCCCCACAGUUCCUCUUUGUACCCUGUGUUGCAGGAGGAGGAUGAGGAUGAUGAAGAGGAACAGUUGGAGCAGAGGUUAAGACUGAGGGAGCAGGUAGGAGCGUCCAGCUUGCUACAGCUGGCCACCGCAUCCACUCCCGACCUGUCUGUGCUGGCCGAUGUAGCGUUAAAGAUGGACCCUGACGCGGACAUCGAUUCCGAGGAAACGGAAACCUCAGACGAGGCUGAGGAACACAAGCUGGAGGAGGAAGAGGGGGAUUUAUUUGCUCCUCAUCCUCGACUCCGUCAGUUGGACCCGGAAGGCAUGUUCAUCCUGCAGGAACACAACUACUCCAAAUACCUAGCUCUCCUCCCUCACUCUCCUCUCUCUUCUGCACAAAAGAGGACAAAACAGGACUCCACCGUCCUCCUCCCCGCGGACCUCAACCAGCACGGUGUGCAGGAGGCUCCGGAGGAGGUUAUCGGAGAUGCUCAGGCAGGCAAGGGGGAAGCAGUCGAACUUUACGGUGGCCUUGUGUCCGAGGGCGCAGAUUGGGCUGAGGCGCCGUUCCACAGCCCUUCGUCCAAAAAGAAAGGGUCACUUAAGAAAUUGGAGGAGCUGGAGAAAGCAAAGAGUAAAAAGAGGACUAAAAAAGACAAAGAGAAUGUGGAUGUACAGCUUCCCAAGCGCCAAAAGGAGGAACAUGGCAAAAAACAGAGGAAGGGGAAGUUAGAGGACCCGGAGAUGGACGUUGACGUGGAGGAGCUGGAAUCAGGCGAACUGUCCAGCUCCAGCUCUGACUCAGCCGACUCCGACUUUGGUUUGGAGGAGUCGGUUGAGCGUGAAGAAGUGAGGAAGAGUGAACGACUCUUCCUUCAGGAUGCUGGCGUAACCCCGUCCACCCAAAGGAAGCCCAAACGAGCCCCUGUUUCACCCUCUACACCGGAGAAGCUGAUCUCCUUCGAUCAGCGCAGCGAGUUUGAGCAGAUGACCAUACUCUAUGACAUCUGGAACGCUGGCCUGGACCACGAGGACAUGAGUCUGUUGAUGAACACCUAUGAGAAGCUUCUGCAGAACGACCACAACACAGACUGGCUCAAUGACACACACUGGGUCCCUCACCCUAUGACCAACAUCCCGAACCCGCGGCGUAAGAAGAAGACCCCGGAUGGACAGCUCAGAGAGCACGUCACAGGCUGCGCCCGAAGUGAGGGAUACUACGCCAUCAGCCGCAAGGAGAAGGACGUCUAUCUGGACCUGGACCUCCCUGAGGCCGUGCAGGAAGCUGUGGACUUCGAAACUGCGGGAUCAAACCGUCUGCUGUCUGAGAGGCGCUCUGAACAGAGGCGUCUCCUCAGCGCUAUCGGAACGCCGGCGGUGAUGGACUCAGACCUGUUAAAACUGAACCAGCUCAAGUUCCGGAAGAAGAAACUGCGGUUUGGGCGCAGUCGUAUUCACGAGUGGGGCCUGUUUGCCAUGGAGCCAAUCGCAGCAGAUGAGAUGGUUAUCGAGUAUGUGGGCCAAAACAUCAGACAGAUGGUGGCAGACAAUCGGGAGAAACGUUACGCUCAGGAAGGAAUUGGAAGCAGCUACCUGUUUCGUGUUGAUCACGACACCAUCAUCGAUGCCACAAAGUGUGGGAACCUGGCUCGCUUCAUCAACCAUUGCUGCACUCCGAACUGCUACGCCAAGGUGAUCACCAUCGAGUCCCAGAAGAAGAUCGUCAUCUAUUCCAAGCAGCCGAUCGGAGUGAACGAAGAGAUCACGUACGACUACAAGUUCCCUAUAGAGGAGAACAAAAUCCCCUGUCUGUGUGGAACAGAGAACUGCAGAGGAACUCUCAACUGAAGUCCUGGGACAGACCUGCACUUCUCCUUCACCUCCAGCUCCUCUUCUUCCUCCUCCUCCUCCUUCACGUUCAGCUUCCCCGGCCUGGUUGGGUUCUCUGGUGCAGCGAGCAGUCAGGGGCUUGUGUUCGGUGUCCAUAUUCAGUUACUGUAUUGGGCACUGGGAGAAGCUUAUUAUUACAUGUGCUCGCAAUACCCUGAUGUAUUAAUAGAGACUUAAAGGAGCAUAUUUUUGUCUGGAUCUGGCCGUGCAGCUGUCGGGUGAAGGAAGGAUUGAGUGACACACGUCUGUGUAGGGAUGUCAGCACCACUGCUGAUUCAUAAAUCACGUGAGCUCUCUUCCAGUCUCUGCAUUUCAUUUUUGCAGCUGCGUUUCGUUUCACGUUAUUUUUAGAGGUCUGUGAUCGUUGUUAGGCAACAAGCACACCAACGCCUCUCUUUCUCACACAAGAACACACGCGCGCACACAAAGCUAACGGGUGGGUGGGAUAAAAGGGUAGGAAACAGCCUUCAUUCUGGGUUUUGGAUGAGCGUUUUUUAUUAUAAUUAUCAUUAUUUCUCAUAUUUGCCACACUUUAAACAUAAGGAUUUUUUAUUUAAAUUUUAUUUUUCAGUUCUUUCAUUUUUCAUUUCAUAAUUAGGUGUGUUUGUUACUCAUGCUCCUCUGUCAGCUAUGUGUAUAUCCACACACAAGUUUUUUUUUUUAAUUAUUAUAUUUUUUUUGACUCCCCAUUUCUUCAAACUGUAUCGAAAGUUCAGAUAUUAUUCGUACUCCUCACCUGCCUCAUUUAACAGCUUUAAAACAACACACAGCAACUGCACAUCAGUGCUGCCAUCAAAACAAUUUAAAAAAACAAUUUUAUCAGCUUUCAAGGUACAUUUAGUCCUGAUUUAUUUUAUUUUUAUGUUUUAUUUUGUGGUGGACCAAGGGAUGCUAAUGAACUUAUCAGAGAAAUAAAAUGAUUAACCAACCGUAUAGAUGUUAAAUUAAGAGUUCAGUCAGUGGGAUGCUUUUAUUUUGGAUAGUACGUUAAAGAAAAACUCUGGUAGCAUCGAAAAGCAGAUCAAAGCAGAGGUACCUGCCAAUCUGCCUCUGGUCAGCUGUGAUUGGUCAGCUCUCUCAGCUCAGGCAGUGUUAUUAUAUUUUCUUUAGUUUUUUCUCUCCCUGCUUUUAAUCUUCAUUUUUAAUGACUUUUAACUGCGAGUGAAAUGCCCCGUCAGCAGUCUGUUCCUUUUUUGAAAGGAAGCCAUGUAAUAUAUGUAGAGUUGCAGCAGUCUGUCAGUACAACACUGACCCUCAGAAACAAAGACUAAAUGAACAGAAAAGGACAAAAAAAAUACAUGGAAAGAAAUACGUGUAAAUAUUGUAGAGGUGUUUGUUUCUCGUAGAAACACACUGGUUCCAGUCUGUAAAUAUGUUCUUCCUUUUCCUACUUUCCCAUUGCGAGAAAAAAUUGUACAUACCUAUCAUUCAGUUAUCUUAUUUGUUUUUUUUUUGUUGUUUUUUUUUUCUUUUAAUUUGUUGUAUUAUUUUAAUAUUAUUUGCAAUAUUUCUCUUGUAUUAAUGCGUUGGACCCUUUAUUAAUGGUGCAUUAAAAUAUUUUUUAAAAAACGGAAAA